AUGUCGCAUCAAUCAUUGGAUGGAGCGAAGGAACCACAUUCUGUUAGUUUGAAGGUUUUGAGACUUUCUCGUCCAUCCCUCUCCAUUCAACACCCGCUUCCCACACCAUCUCUGCCAAACCUCCCUCUUCCGGCCCCGUCCGCCUCCCUUUCAUUUCCUUCUCACGCCCCUUCAAACUUUAUUCUCUCGCCUCUCCUCACGCUUCCUCCAGCUUUUGGAUCAACAUAUGUAGGAGAGAUAUUCAGUUGCACUCUGUGCGCUAAUAAUGAACUUCCUCCUCUUUCCCAGCCCGGCCAAACCUAUACCUCUCCGGAUCUUGCGACAUCGCCGAAUACCGCGAAAAUAAUAUCAAAUAUAACUCUCAGCGCCGAAAUGAAGAUUCCAUCCAAACCAACCCCUGUUUCGCUUCCUCUUUCUGGCCCUCCCCCUACAACCUCAACCUCCACCUUAGAAAAGGAUACUCCAGACGAACAAACUACCUCUCAGACCUCCCUCCAGAAAGUCCUUCAUUUCGACCUCAAAGAAGAAGGUUCUCACGUUCUGGCUGUCACAGUAACCUACGCUGAAUCAUCUCCUUCCUCCCCCCUUCGCACCCGUACAUUCCGCAAACUAUACCAAUUCGUCUCUAAAGGUUGUCUUGUCGUCCGUACCAAAACCGGUUCCUUACCCUCCCUAAAACCGACUCCUUCAAAUCUCUCCUCAACCUCUACUCCCUCAACCUCCCCUUCCAGAGAAAUAAAAAGAAAAGGAAGAUAUGCAUUAGAAGCCCAAUUAGAAAAUGCCACAGAAGAUAACCCCAUCACAUUAACAUUAGUCCAUCUCACAACUACCAAAGGAUUCAAAGCCACAAGUCUAAAUUGGGAAAUUGUUGUUUCUGAUUCGGAGGAGAAAGAGGGAGGAGGGAAGACGGAAUUGGAGAGGCCCGUAUUAGCACCGGGGGAUAUUCGACAAGUUUGCUUUUUGGUGGAGGAAAAGGAUCCAGAGGAAAAUGAUGAUAUUGAGAAGGGGGAACAAGAAGGAGAGAUUAGUGGGAAGGGGGAUAUGGAAAUAGAGAGAGAGGAGGUUGUAGAUGGAAGGUUAAUGUUCGGCGUGCUAUGUGUAGGAUGGAGAGGAGCAAUGGGCAACAACGGAUUUUUAAGUACAGGAAACUUGGGUAUCAGAGUUUGA